AUGUCAAGUCCUGCGACUCCACGCCCCACCAAUGCCAUCGUGUUGUCGUGGAACGAUUUUCUCUGCCCUGUCGAGUGGCUCCAGCGAAACGUCCCCCCGACCUCCACAACACACUCGUGCCUACUCCAGCUGGACCAGCGCAUUAUUCAGCUGCUCCUCCACGCGAGCACCAUCGGACUCGUCUUUUUGUUCUCGCCCCCCCAGCACCAAGCGCUGAUUCAGCUAAUCUGCGCCGCCACGACCCUCACGUCAGCAUGGCACGGACAAAUCCUUCAGAUGAUCUGCAUCCAACGAUUGCACGUGAGUGCCUCGUAUGGGUUGGUGACUGUGGGGGGCGACGAGUUGCGAGGGGGUUGCUUGGUGUUGGCGAAGAAUGCGCCUGUGGUGUUGCCCAAGGUGCUGCGCGUGGUGAAGACAACGGACUUGACUGGCGGCAUGCCAUGGAUCCUCCAUAGUCUCGUGGGCGUGGGGAGACAGCUGGGGUCCCUGUUCAACACGGCAGCAUUGUGGACUUGUCCGUUGAAGUUAUGA